GAUUUUGUGGGAUGGUCUUAUCCAACCAACCACACAUGAAUUGUGGGGGCAAUUAUCGUCCGCACCCCAUUUUCCCCUGCCUUGACAUAUCAGAUGGAGGGAGGGGAGGGGAGAGGAGGAAGCGUGGAAGGGUGGAAUAGACACCGUCCGACUAUUGUCAUUGAUCAUGCGAUGUCAUUGACCUGAUAUGCUACGCCUUAUUACACAACCCUCUCUCUUUCUCUUUCUCUUUCUCUCGUCCUGUUCUUUUCCUUCCACAUAUUAAUUGUUCAUGUCCUUUGCACGAUUAAUCCAUUGCCUCGAAAGAAAGAGCCCGUACAAGUGAAUGUACAUAGACUAAAGCAUUUCUCUAAUCACCAUCGACCUCAUAAUAGAUUCUCUCCAUUCUCGCUCACUGCUCCAGUCUCGAACUAGAACCAUGUCCACCACUACCGCUCUCCGCAGUUUGAACAUCAACAACAUCAACCCACACGUCAAAGAAGCCAAGUAUGCUGUCCGUGGAGCCCUCGCUGUCAAAUCAGAAGAAUACAGAGCCAAGCUUGCAAAGGGCGAUAAGGAUCUUCCAUUCGAUGCAGUCAUCAGUGCCAACAUUGGAAAUCCGCAGCAAUUGGAUCAGCAACCUAUUACUUUCUUCAGACAGGUCUUGAGUUUACUCGAGUACCCACCAUUGUUGGAGAAGGAGGAUGUAUUGUUGAAUGGGUUGGGCUAUAAGAAGGAUGUCAUAGAGAGAGCGAGGUGGUUGUUGAAGGAAGUUGGAAGCGUGGGUGCUUAUAGUGCCAGUGCUGGUGCGACGGGAAUCAAAGACAGUGUGGCUAGAUUUAUUGAGAAUCGAGAUGGAUUCCCCGCAGAUCCAAAGGAUAUCUACCUCUCCGCCGGUGCCUCCGCUGGAGUCAACACCCUCCUUCACGUCAUCUGUGCCGGUCCCAAUACAGGUGUUCUAGUACCUAUCCCACAAUAUCCUUUGUAUACCGCCUCCCUCUCCGUCCUCAACGCAAAAUGCGUCCCAUACUAUCUCGACGAAGCUCGCAACUGGGGUACAGACCUCCAGGCCAUAAAAGAUGCAUAUGCUGCCGCUGUCAAAGAAGGAACCGAUGUCAGAGCUAUUGUUAUAAUCAACCCUGGUAACCCAACUGGUGCAAGUCUCCCACCUCAGGAUAUUGAAGAAGUCAUUAAAUUCGCUGCCGAGAAGAAAUUGGUUGUGAUGGCAGAUGAAGUAUACCAAACCAACGUCUUUAAAGGAAAAUUUCACUCUUUCAAACAAAUCCUUCGCGAUCUCCAAUCCAAAACUCCAGAGAAAUACGACAAUGUUGAACUCGCUUCUCUGCAUAGUAUUUCCAAAGGCAUGGUUGGCGAAUGUGGACAUCGAGGUGGAUAUUUCGAACUGUGUGGUUUCGAUCCAGAAGUCGUAGAACAGAUAUAUAAGUUUGUUAGUAUCAGUCUAUGCGCACCAGUUAUCGGACAAUGUCUUGUCGAACUCAUGGUAAACCCUCCAAAAGAAGGCGAACCAUCCUACGAACUAUAUAAAAAAGAAUACGAUGGUAUAUUUUCCGGACUCCAAAAACGCGCAACGGCUCUCUAUGAAGCAUUCAAGCAAAUGGAAGGUGUAGAGUGUCCAGAGCCUCAAGGAAGCAUGUAUUUGUUCCCAACUAUCCACAUUCCAGAAAAGGCGGUAGAGGCUGCGAAGCAAGAGGGUAUGGGCCCAGAUGAAUAUUAUUGCCAUAAAUUACUUGAGGCCACGGGUGUUUGCGUGGUGCCUGGAAGUGGUUUCGGUCAAAGAGAAAACACGCUGCAUUUCCGAACGACAUUUUUGGCGCCUGGUACGGAAUGGGUGGGCAGAAUUACAAAGUUCCACGAGGGAUUUAUGGGAGAGUUCAGAUAGAGGGUUGUUACUAGAGUGAAGCGUGUGGAGAAUUAGAGAAGGGGGGAAAGUGUGGAGUAUGUAAUGCAAUUGCAAAGAUGCGGAAAGGGAAAACCUACUCCACUAAAUCAAUAGAUGAAUAUCUAGCUGUGAACAGAGUCUGAGAUAGCUAGGAGGAAAUAUUACGGGAGGCAAAUAAAAAAGGGAAGACUAUGACAGAAUUCAGGAAAGAAACGAAAUUAUGAAAUUAGAUAUCUCUUGUAAAUAAAGAUACAAAAUAUACAACAGUUGAUAUAGCAUAGCAUAGCUCAACUUAUAAAUACACGUCUGAAUGAAAUUUUGAAACA